AUGGCUCAAAGAGCGGAUGACGUUUCUACUUAUGACUACAUUAUCAUUGGAGGUGGAACCAGCGGUGCAGUUGCAGCUCGACGUUUGGCAGAGAAUAAUAUCAACUUUAGUGUGUGUCUUCUUGAAGCAGGUCCAAGUAAUCAUGAUAUAACCAUUAGUCAUAUUCCUGGUGGUCGGUUCUCGAUGUAUAAAACUUCACUCGAUUGGUGUUACCAAACUGUUCCUCAGAAAGGAUGUAACAAUCGUACCAUGGCUGUUCCACGAGGUCGUCUACUUGGUGGAUGUAGUGCAAUCAAUGAUACAUUCGUUACUCGUGGCACCAAAGCAGAUUAUGAUCGAAUUGCUGACAUGGGAAAUCCAGGAUGGAGUUGGAAAGAAAUGCUGCCAUUCUUUAAAGCAUCCGAAACAUUUCAUUCAACUGAAUGGCAUCAAGCAGACUUGGAUAUACACGGAACUGAUGGACCUUUACACAUCUCGAUGACUCCUCUCGCACCCAUAUCUGAAAAAAUUCUCGAAUCAUUUAUCGAUAAUGGUUUUGAUUACAAACCAGAUAUGUUUGUGCAAGGAGACUACGAAGGUAUUGGACAUAUUGGUCGUACAGUUUACAAUGAUGGCCUUCCAUACAAUCCAAUCAAUGGUGAAGGCGUCUUUACUGUGAACACUUUUCUUUGUGGACCACAAGCAAGGGGUACAGUACGACUAUUGUCGAAAGAUCCGAUCAGCAAACCAAUAAUUGAUCAUGCCUAUCUUGAUAAUGAUCUAGAUGUUGCAGUACUUGCCGAGGGUUGUCGUUUGUGUCAUGAAAUCAUAAUGAAAGGUCGAGGAACAAAAGAUAUUAUCGUUGGUGCUUGGCCGAAGAUAAUUUCGCAUCCAAAUGAUAUGAUCGGUUGGAAAGAGCAUGUACGAACAUUCGCAAGUAGCGGUUCUCAUCCAGCUGGAACAUGCAAAAUGGCACCUGAAAGUGAUCCUAUGGGAGUAGUUGACAGUCGUCUUCGUGUUAGGAAUGUGAAGGGAUUGCGAGUAGCAGAUAUAUCCAUUCUACCUAUUCUCAACAAUGGACAUCCGCAGAUACUUGCAUAUGCCAUUGGUGAAAAGGUGGCAUCUAUGAUUUUGCAAGACGUUGAUGUUUCAAAGUAA